AUGGCAGCUCCUUGUUGCCCAUCUGGCUCUCAUGGGCCCUUGCCCGCAGACUCCGAGAUGCUUCGAGGUUGGGAACAGAAGGAAGCGGAUCUGGACUGCUACUUCAGUGGCCAGAGGGAGAAACCGUCCAUGGUCAUCCUGGCAUUCUCCGACGUCUUUGGCUACUACUCAGGGCGACAUCGGCGCAUUUGCGAUCAGAUGGCCGAGGCCGUGCCGAACAGCCUCGUGUGCAUGCCGGACCUUUUCCAUGGUGAGCCAAUUUGCCCCGACUUUGCUGUCAGCUCUAGCUGGGCAGGUCUCCGGCUGAAACUCCAUAUGCCGAAGGCGGCGUACCGCAUCAGAUAUCGGUAUGGCUGGGGAACCAUUGGACCCCAGAUUCAGAAGCUCGCUGACUCCUUGAAGGCUCUACAUGCGGAGGUGCCUAUGUUUGGCUAUGGCUUCUGCUUCGGAGGAUGGGUCGUGGCGAAAACCAGUACUACUGGAGUCUUCAAAGGCGCGGUGGGCUUCCACCCCUCCCUGCUGGUCGGCAAACUACAGUGCAGCCCCCAUGGCCAAAAUGAGGUCGACUUGGGCAAGGAAGUCCGCUGCCCGCAGCUGAUGAUUCCAGCCUCCAAUGAUGACAAGCAUGUCAAGCCAGGCGGUGGCUUCAUGUCGGUCGUCACCGAAGCUCACCCGGCGAGCAAGUCAGUUCCCUAUGAGAACAUGGUACAUGGUUGGAUGACCCGCGGCGCGGACGACCCGAUGCUUCCGCAGAAGGCAGGCGUGGAGGAGUCCCAGGCCUCGGCGCUGAAGCUGGCCGCGGACUUCUUCCUGCAGCUGGCGCAAGCGCCCGCGCAAGAGCCGGCGCAGGAGCCGGCUCAAGAGCCGUCCCAGUAG